AUGCUCGAGGAACUCAUUGAACGUGACAAAUGUCAUCCAUCUGCGAUUAUGUGGAGUUUGGCAAAUGAACCAAAAACCGAUCGAAAGGAGUCCAGAGUGUAUUUCAAAAGCCUCGUCGACUACGCCCACGCUCUAGACAAAACUCGUCCGGUGACUAUUGUCUACGGACCGACCGGAUUUGACAACGAUCAGACGGUACGUUUUUUGAACGGUAACUAG